CUCAGAAGCAGAAGCUACUCACUGUAAAGCUCAUUAUACUGAACUUUUCAAGAAGACUCGCAACUACCGGAUACCCUCGAGAAGAGGAAAGGACCAGUUUUGAUAGUCUUAAAAGUUUUUUUUUCUUGUUUGUCUGCGUCUUUUUUUCUCUAAACAAGCUAACCGGAACAAAGGACUCACCGCUUCAAAAAGGCUACUUUGUAACUUGGGAAGACAGCCUUUUUUAAAACAACAACCAAAACUUUUAUUUUCCUGCUACACACGUUUUAUGUAUUUGGAUUUAUUACUUCUAUCCCGCCGUCCUACUAUGGUCAUAAUGGAGGUCCCCACCAUCGACUGUGCGUCCCUCCGUGGUUUGUUGGAGGGCGACGUUCCGGGCUGCCUGCUGCUGGACUGCCGCUCCUUCCUGUCCUUCAAUUCGUCCCACAUAUCGGGCUCCACCAACGUGCGCUUCAGCACCAUAGUGCGCCGGAGAGCCAGGGGGGGUCUAGGACUUGAGCACAUCGUCCCCAACGAGGACACCAGGAACAGGCUCCUGUCUGGAGAGUACCAGUCCGUGGUGCUGCUUGACGACCGCAGUUUGGACUUAAGUCAGGCGAAGAAAGACGGGACCUUGAUGCUUGCUGUUACGGCACUGUGUCGCGACCCAUGUGGAGCCAGUGUUUUUAUUCUCAAAGGUGGAUUUGAUACAUUUUCCACAGAGUAUCCAGAGAUGUGCACCAAACCCUGCCCACCACAAGGGCUCAGCUUGCCCCUGAGCUCCAGCCGUCCUGAGAGUGCAGACCCAAGCUGCAGUCCAUGCAAUACUCCUUUAUAUGAUCAGGGGGGUCCUGUGGAGAUCCUGCCUUUCCUGUACCUUGGCAGUGCUUACCAUGCCUCCAGAAAAGACAUGCUGGACAUGCUGGGGAUCACUGCCUUAAUCAACGUCUCUGCCAACUGCCCCAACCACUUUGAGGACUCCUUCCUCUACAAGAGCAUCCCCGUUGAGGACAACCACAAAGCCGAUAUCAGCUCCUGGUUCAACGAGGCAAUCGAGUUUAUCGACUCAGUCAGAAACAAAGGAGGCCGCGUAUUUGUGCACUGUCAAGCAGGCAUCUCCCGCUCCGCCACCAUUUGUCUCGCUUACCUCAUGCGGACCAACCGCGUGAAGCUGGACGAGGCCUUCGAGUUCGUCAAACAGCGCCGCAGCAUCAUCUCCCCCAACUUCAGCUUCAUGGGUCAGCUCCUCCAGUUCGAGUCCCAGGUCCUGGCCUCGUCCACGUGCUCCUCGGAGGCGGGCAGCCCGGCCAUCGGCAACAGCAGCACCGUCUUCAACUUCCCCGUUUCCAUCCCCGUGCACACCUCGGCUGGUCAGCUCUCAUUCCUCCACAGUCCCAUCACCACUUCUCCCAGCUGCUGAGAAAGAGUGUGGGCGACACAGACUUUGUUUGGACUUGAACUGCACCUCACGAGUGACUCUACACCAGAGCACUACGCAAACCACAAUCCUGAUUAUGAUCCAUGACAGAGUGGGAGCUGUUGUUAUGGGGUCAGUACAUCUGACUCUGAUAUGCCGGCCACAUCUCUAUAGGUCAGCCUCAUCAUUUCAAGGGGAGAUUUGAUAACUACCAAUAGACAGUAUUGAUGUUUAACCUCCUUAAUGUGAAAGUCAUCCACAGUUUUAAUCCUAGGUGACUUAGGAAAUGGCUGAAAAGGUAGUUGAGGUUAUUCCUUUAGAGGAAAUUAGAAGUAUCUGAAUAUUCUUGAUUCAAAGGACAGCUUUUUUUUCUUUUCUUUUUUUUGAAGGCAACUGCUUUUGAUAAUCACAAUCAUUUUUUUUAACUAAACAAAAGCGAGAGGGCUAACAGUUGUCUCAGGAAUGUUGAUAUAUCCUCUCAAAUGUCCAGUUUGCUUUCUGUACUGGUUAAAGAAAGUAAUCACAAACCUGUUGUGCCAAGUGGCAUGGAAGUUAAUCCCUCAUUUGACGAACAAUGAAUGUAUUACCCCUCCUUUCAGUGUAGAUGUGGCAGAAAUCUUCAUGUUCAGUUUGAGAGCUUAGCCGGGUUGCCAAUUCAAAACGCAAAAACGCCUCUGCCUUUCAAGACAUCAUGAAACCUUGACGAUCCUGACACAUUGGGGAAACCAACUUUAAAUACCUCAUGUUUCUGUACUGUGUACCGCGGCGCUGAGGCGGACAGAACCCCAAGAAACGACUAAAAUGGGGCCAUGUAGUCGUCAGUGACUGCACUCUGACAUAUUUAUUGAACUAAAGUAAUAUAUUUCUUUAUCAUAUCUAUUUUUGCAUAUGUUUGUUUAAAUGUUGUUUUUAUACCGUUGAAUAAAUCUCAUUUGACUUUUGUA